AUGUCCCAGUGGUUCCAGGACAAGGGCAAUCUGGAGGUCCUGCUCUUCACCAUCCAGAGCGAGCUCAGGGCCGGGCAGUCCCAGUGGUUCCAGGACAAGGGCAAUCUGGAGGUCCUGCUCUUCACCAUCCAGAGCGAGCUCAGGGCCGGGCAGUCCCAGUGGUUCCAGGACAAGGGCAAUCUGGAGGUCCUGCUCUUCACCAUCCAGAGCGAGCUCAGGGCCGGGCAGUCCAAACCGUUCGUGCCCAGCGACGGCCGCAGCAUCGCCGACAUCAACAAGGCCUGGAGCCUCCUGGAGAAGGCGGAGCACGAGCGGGGCGUGGCCCUGCGGGAGGAGCUGAUCCGGCAGGAGAAGCUGGAGCUGCUGGCCCAGCGCUUCGACCACAAGGCGGCCAUGAGGGAGAGCUGGCUGAGCGAGAACCAGAGACUGGUGGCCCAGGACAACUUCGGCUACGACCUCCCUGCGGUGGAAGCCGCCAUGAAGAAGCACGAGGCCAUCGAGGCCGACAUCUCCUCGUACCACGAGCGCAUCCAGGCCGUGGUGGACCUGGCCCAGGAGAUGGAGGCCGAGGGCUACCACGACGUCCGGCGUGUCCGAGCGCAGMGGGACAACGUCCUGCGGCAGUGGACGCUGCUGACCGAGCUGCUGCGGGGACGCCGCGCCCGCCUGCGCCAGCACCUGGAGCUGCAGAAGAUCUUCCAGGAGAUGGUCACCAUGAUGGACUGGAUGGAGGAGAUGCAG